AUGGGCCCAGACACCGGCUUUAUUUAUCAGUACUUAAAUAGCAGGGGCCAGUCGGGGCUGGAGCUGGAUGUGUUGUGCCGCCACUACUCGCGCAUCACCCCUGCGUAUGGCUGCCGCCUUGUCAACGCCGUACUUAGUGCGUUGGAAGAUGCCUCCGCUCACGCGCCAGUGGAGAUCGAUGCCACGGUGAAAAUACAAGCGACGUUUCGAAUGUAUCAGCAGCGGAAGGCCUUCUUAACAUUGCGGAGUAGUGCAUGCCUAAUUCAGCGCGUCUACCGCAGCUACGCAACGCGUAAGCACCUUGACGUGGAGCGGGCGGCAGUGCGGCAGAUGGCUUACCUGCAAGCCGUCUUUGACAUGUUCGCUACACGGAUUCAGGCAUGCUACCGUGGCUAUCAGAGUCGUAAAACGAAGUCGAACUACUACGCACAGCAAGCGUACCUGAAGGUGGUAACGGCACGCUCGUCAGAGGUACUUGCACAGGCACUCAGCACCCAAGUCGAACAGGACACGUUGCGCAAAGCGGAGGCGAAGCGCCAGGACGAGCUCUCCUAUGCUCGCCGCACUGCCCACAUGCACUAUAUGGUGUCGACCUGUAGUGUUCCAAGUAUCUACCAACGUUCCGUGGAGCCUCCACCGGGAAAGCAGUCAGUGCAUAACACGCUGCACACGAGCAGGGGCGUAUGCGGCCACAGUGGAGAGAGUGGUCUGGUAAGCCCAGGACUGCCGACUGUGAAGUUAGCUAAAGAAAGAUCAGACAGUAGCGCCGCGGAGGAUGAGACGCUGAUGGCGCAGGUGGCCGCCUACGUGUCAGGGCAGAAGCUGGAGAGCGAUAUUCGGCACCACGCCCGUGCAGCACGUCUGGAGCGCAUCGCUGUCACGGCCAAGAGAAGCCCCAGUCCGAUUGCCCCCACUGUCCUCACGGUAGCUUCACUUCAGUCGUCCGACAGGACGACUGCAGUACGGCCUAGGGCGGAGGGGACCACGGUACGCACCACACUUCUCGCCCAAGGCGCACGACUGCCGGCGUUGGCGGCCUCGCAGCCUGUGCAGCGCAGUCGUCAGGUCAAGGCCACUGCUCUAGCGGCAUCCCCGACGGUGCCGUGGGAGGAGUUGUCGUUGACCCACCCGCCGCAGAAACCGCUCACGACGCCAGGGCUUCUUCUCAAAAGUUCAUUUUUUAGCGAGACAGGAUCACCGGCGACCCUGUCUCGCACCACUCAAGCCAGCCGGAAGCCCCGCGGAGGUCAGCAGACUGCUGAAGGUGACAGCUUCCAGGCCACCGGAACGGCUGCCGCCGCUGCAGCUGCACCUGCGCCCUCUGAGGCCAGCAUUGAACCAUCAUUUUUAGGCGCUGCCGUCUCGUCUUUCCACCGCCGCUUCGCAGUAAAGCGGCAUGAUUGCCUGGGGUGUCAGUUGAGCAUCACAAACGGGAUCGUGAGCGAUGGCGCUGGAUCGCACGCCUUGAGUGGCCCGCUUUCACCCGCAAGGGAGGAGGCAGCCGUGCAGCGUAGCGUCGACCAGAAAGUUAUGCAGGCGCUACACGGUGAUGCCGUCUUCAAGGUGUCAGCAAGGCGAGGUCUGCAAUGA